GGCCAGACCUCCGCCUCUGCCCGGCCAGACACCCACAAAGACCCCACAGACUCCCGGGACACACAAGGGGGAGAGAGACAAGCUGGGACACGACGAGAGAGGGAAAAUAGCCGGAGCAUUUGUUGGGAGAAAAAAAAAUUGCCAGUCGCAUUGCAGCAUCUCACAUAUUUUUCCAUUGGUAGCCUUUUUUUUGUUUUUAUCCCCAUUAAUCUUUUUUUUCUACAGAAGAAAAACAAACUUUAUACUCAAUGGAAAGAUGUAAAAACCAACCCGGAUAUUAAACUUGGACAAAAACUGCGCCCUUCAGAGCACAACCACCGGACUGGGCACACUUAACGGGACCGUUAGGUUUUUAGCUAGCUAGGUGGGAUCCUGACCACUUUGUGGGAGAAGACCAAAAAAAGACAUUUCUUCCUGUCCUCUCGCAUUUUUCGCUUCACUACGGGGGGAAAACACCAAAGAUGCUGUCGGAGCUGAGUGAGUGGUUCUGGCAGGAGCGGCUGUGGUUUCCGGAGGGCCUGGGCUGGGCUGACCUGGAGGAUCGGGAUGGACGGGUAUACGCCAAGGCAAACGACUUGUGGGUGGCGCUGCCCAUCGCUCUCGUAUUCCUCAUUAUUCGUCAGAUCUUUGAGAGGACGGUGGCUACACCCUUGGCCUCUCUACUCGGGGUGAAAGAGACAGUGCGGCUCAAAGCCCGUCACAACCCCACACUGGAGUCCUACUACUGUAACAUUACCAAAAACCCCACACAGAGUUCAAUAGCAAGUCUUUGCAAGCCGACUGGCUAUUCAGAAAGACAAGUGCAGCGAUGGUUCAGGAGACGGAGGAACCAGGACAGACCGAGUUUGCUCAAAAAAUUCAGAGAGGCCAGUUGGAGAUUUACCUUUUACCUUCUUGCUUUCAUUGCUGGCCUGGCCGCCCUCAUCGAUAAACCUUGGCUAUAUGACCUGAAGGAGAUGUGGCAAGGCUUUCCUGUGCUGACUCUCCUGCCAUCUCAGUAUUGGUACUACAUGAUUGAACUGGGUUUCUACGGCUCUCUGCUCUUCAGUGUGGCUUCUGAUGUCAAACGCAAAGACUUCAAGGAGCAGAUAGUCCACCAUGUAGCGACCAUCCUCCUCAUCAGCUUCUCCUGGUGUGUCAACUACAUCCGUGCUGGAACUCUCAUCAUGCUAGUGCACGACUCCUCUGAUUACCUCCUUGAGUCUGCAAAGAUGUUCAACUAUGCUGGCUGGCGAAAUGCCUGUAACUACAUCUUCAUUGUAUUUGCUGCAAUCUUCAUCGUCACUCGUCUGGUCAUCUUCCCCUUCUGGAUUAUUUACUGUACGUGGGUUUACCCAGUGACCAUCUACGAACCGUUCUUUGGCUACUACUUCUUCAAUGGGCUUUUGAUGAUUCUGCAGUGUCUACAUGUCUUCUGGGCUGUCCUCAUCAUACGCAUAGCAAUUCGCUUCCUCACAAACAAUGAAAAAGUGGAUGAUGAAAGGAGUGACAAGGAUGAAACAGAUGAAUCAGAAGAAGAGGAGGAAGGGGAGGCGGAAGAUAAGAAGGACAGGAAGAAAAAUGGACCCGUGCAGAACGGUCACGCAGUCCACAACAACAACCACAGCAAGACAGAGUGAGAGCAAACAAGUGUCAGGACGUAGGAAUGUGAGAAGGACUCAUAUCCCUAAACAGGGGAGCAGGAGGGAGGGAUGAAAAGAGAGCAAGAAGAAGGGAGGGGGCAAGCCAUUGCCUAAAAUCAAGAACAGCAGGUACCCUGAGGACAUUUGACACUGUUACCUUUGAACGACACAAAAACACACUCACACACAUUCAUUCGUACUUUUAGAGGGCACAGAGAUCCAGCAGAUGAUAUACACUACAUGAAGUGGCAGGGUUUUUUUGCUUUGUCAUCAGAGCAAAAUGAAUCAUUGUCAGUGUGAGAUGUCAGUCCCAACGUUUCAAAGAGACAGGGGAGAAAAUGGAGAGGAGCAAAGUGUGGAGAGGACACAGAAGGGGGUGAUGCUGCUUCUACUUUAGCUUUCUUGUUCUAACUGUGUGCCUUAGAGCCAGCUAGUUGCUGUUAAAAUCCCAUAUAAUUCGCUUUUGUGCUUUAAUCUUGUGUUGCUUUAUUUUAUUGUACCUUUUUUGUUUUAUACUGAAGGAACAAAAGAGUGAGCGUUUUAUGAAAGCGAAACAUUAGGGCAUUUAUUUCCCUAAUUUUCCGUCUAUGCAAUUACACAAGUGUUUGUUCAGCUAUUGCAACGUCUUUGCACAAACAUACAGCGUCUCUUAUAUAAGGUAAUAAUUUGCAGUAGGACUGUGUGCUUCUGCUCUCAAAUGCAUCCUGUGCCACUUAUUAAGUAGUCUGCCCCGUAAGGUUUACGGAAUACAUGUUUCACUUUUUUAGAUAAACAGCUAGAAAGUCUUGCUUUCUUAUUUUAAUUCCAGUUCAUUUUUUAAUCCAUGUCCAAAUUCUCCUUCCAAGAGAGAUGUUUGGCCUGCAAAUGUUGUCGUUCUCAGUUCUUUGCUGUUUGAGCAGUCAGUAAUACCCAGAAAUGAGUGUUCAGCAGAAACACUGCAACAGAAAUCACAGCUUCCUGCUAGUUUUGACACUGCUGAAUGUUUUUUUCCUCUCUGGUUUGGCUGAAGCGGUUUGAUCCUGUUGAGUUUUGAAUCACACUGAACAUGUCACCCACAGAAACAUGAUGACUCUCCAUAAAAUCACUGCAAAGGUGGCUUGCUCUGUUGUAAUGUAGGAGUGUUACUAAGUUGAAUUCAAUGGGACAGAAUAACCAUUUCCAGAUAUUACAAAUAUUGGCCACAUUUCUUCAGUUCACUGCCUAGUAGCCUGGGUUAUAUUUAUUAACUUCGGCGAGAAUUUAAGUGUUGAUCUAAGUGAAUGAUUUUAGGUAUGAUUUUGUGUAUGAAACGGGUUUACAGGUAUGUUCUAUGAUUUUUUUUUUUUUUUUUUUAGAAAUCUGGUUUGCAGGCGUUAAGUGUUUCAGUUUUGAGACUCAUGAGGAAUUCAUGAAAUAAUAAGUGUUGUAGUUUUGUUGUUAUGCUUUAAAGUUUUUUGUAUGUCAAGUGCCUUAUCUGUAAUGUAUGGGAAGCUCUCUCUAUUGUCCUCAUGUCCUCUCCUUUUCUUUCCUGUCUCCAUCUCACAUCACAGAUUCAACUCUAAGACUAGAACAUCCUCCCUCCCCACUGUCUCAUUCAUCAAUCACAUUUCUCCUCUUCAAUAUAAAUUGCCCUCCUCUCAAACUCACCCUCAUUCCACCACCAUGUUCUUUUUUACUAACCCCGACCAACCAGCAACCUCUCUUCCCCAGUGAUACAGAAGAAACAGCCUUGUCCUAAUUACAGUGUUAUUAUUAUUAUUUUUUUUUAUUUUGUUUUUUUUAAUGAUGCCUAAGUAUUGUUAUUAAUAAUAAAAGCAAA